UUCCCCGGUAUCCUCGAUUCUCGCACCCCGCCGCUCCGCCCACAAAGGCCCGCCAAAUCCCCCAUCGCACACGCGCGCUCGCAGCUUGGCUCUCCCGCUAAAAUCCCUAACUUUCCCGCCGCCCGCGUUUGCACACAUUUCGCCGAGCAGGUCGCCCGCACUACCGCCCUCUACCCCGGCGGGGCUGUAUGGACAGCGAAGACUUCUUGCCGGAGGGGGGAAAGCUCCCGGAGCUCAAGCUAGAUGCGAGGCAAGCCCAGGGUUUCAUCUCCUUCUUCAAGAAGUUGCCGAAGGAUCCUCGGGCCAUUCGUCUAUUUGAUCGCCGGGAUUAUUACACUGCUCAUGGUGAGAAUGCAACCUUUAUUGCAAAGGCAUACUAUCACACAAUGACUGCCUUAAGGCAACUGGGCGGUAACUCUGAUGGAAUCUCAAGUGUCAGUGUUAGCAGGGCUAUGUUUGAGACCAUUGCCCGCAACCUUUUGUUAGAUAGGACGGACCAUACACUGGAGCUCUAUGAGGGAAGUGGGUCAAGUUGGAGGUUAACAAAAUCUGGAACACCUGGAAACAUUGGCAGUUUUGAAGAUAUUCUGUUUGCAAACAAUGACAUGCAAUAUUCUCCGGUUACUGUUGCAUUGUUUCCUGUCUUCCGUGAAGGUCAGCUAUAUGUAGCGCUUAGUUUUGUGGAUAUGACAAACCGGAAGCUUGGGUUGGCUGAGUUCCCUGAAGAUAGUCGAUUCACAAAUGUGGAAUCAGCCCUUGUUGCAUUAGGUUGCAAGGAGUGUCUUCUUCCAGCAGAUUUUGAGAAAUCAAUAGAUUUGCAGCCUCUUCAGGAUGCUAUUAGCAAUUGCAAUAUUCUACUGACUGAAAGGAAGAAGGCUGAAUUUAAAUCUAGAGAUAUUGUGCAGGAUCUUGGUAGAAUAAUCAGGGGUUCUGUUGAGCCAAUUCGUGAUCUCCUAUCUCAGUUUGACUAUGCUUUGGGUGCUCUUGGAGCUCUAGUAUCAUAUGCUGAGUUGCUAGCAGAUGACACUAAUUAUGGAAAUUACACAAUUGAGAAAUUCAAUUUGGACCGCUACAUGCGACUUGAUUCUGCCGCGGUUCGAGCAUUGAAUAUUGUUGAAGGAAAAACUGAUGUAAACAAGAAUUUUAGUUUGUUUGGUUUGAUGAACAGAACUUGCACUGCUGGGAUGGGAAAGCGACUACUUAACAAAUGGCUGAAACAACCUUUGCUAGAUGUAAACGAAAUCAAUAACAGAUUAGAUAUGGUUCAGGCUUUUGCAGAAGAUCCAGAGCUUCAUCAUGGUCUUAGGCAACACCUUAAAAGGAUAUCUGAUAUUGAUCGCCUAAUACAUGCUCUCCGUAAGAAAUCAGCCAACCUGCAGCCUGUUGUUAAGCUCUACCAGUCCUGCUCUACAAUCCCGUACAUCAAGGGUGUUCUUCAACAAUACAAUGGCCAGUUUUCUACAUCCGUAAUGACAAGAUUCCUUAGCUCUUUAGAAGAGUGGCUGACAGAGAAUCGAUAUGGUAGGUUUGCUAAUCUUGUUAAGACAGCCAUUGACCUCGAUCAAGUAGACAAUGGCGAGUACAGGAUAUCUCCCCUAUAUUCUCCUGAUUUGGCUGUGCUGAAGGAUGAGCUUUCUGAAGUUGAAAAUCACAUAAACAAUUUGCACAUGCAUACAGCCACUGAUCUGGAUCUUUCUGUUGAUAAGCAAUUGAAGCUAGAAAAAGGCCCAUUUGGACAUGUGUUCAGAAUCUCAAAGAAAGAUGAACAGAAAGUCAGGAAAAAGCUCACGACCAAUUACAUUAUCAUAGAAACUCGUAAAGAUGGUGUGAAGUUUACAAGCGCCAAGCUUAAAAAGCUAGGUGACCAAUACCAGUCACUGCUUGGUGAUUACACAAGUUGCCAGAAAAAGAUUGUCGAUAAUGUAGUGCAAGUUUCAUGCACCUUCUCAGAGGUAUUUGAGAAUUUUGCUGCAAUUAUAUCUGAGUUGGAUGUUUUACAGAGUUUUGCUGAUUUGGCAGUCAGUUGCCCAGUUCCUUAUGUAAGACCAGACAUCACAACAUCGGAGGAAGGAGAUAUUAUUCUACAAGGUAGUCGGCAUCCUUGUGUGGAGGCCCAAGAUGGUGUUAACUUCAUACCAAAUGAUUGCACUUUGGCGAGGGGAAAAAGUUGGUUUCAAAUCAUCACUGGGCCAAACAUGGGUGGAAAAUCCACUUUUAUUCGUCAGGUUGGUGUAAAUGUCUUGAUGGCACAAGUUGGUUCCUUCGUUCCUUGUGACCAGGCAAGCAUUAGUGUGAGAGAUUGUAUUUUUGCUCGUGUUGGUGCUGGUGAUUGCCAACUCCGUGGUGUUUCAACCUUUAUGCAAGAGAUGCUUGAAACAGCAUCCAUUUUGAAAGGUGCAUCUGAGAAAUCUCUCAUAAUUAUCGAUGAGUUGGGACGCGGGACUUCCACAUAUGAUGGAUUUGGUCUUGCAUGGGCUAUCUGUGAGCAUCUUGUGGAAGUGACUAGGGCGCCUACAUUGUUUGCAACUCAUUUUCAUGAAUUAACUGCAUUAGCAAAUAAAAAUGGUGAUCAGCACCAACAUGUUCCAGAUUUGGGAAUUGCAAAUUAUCACGUGGGUGCACAUAUAGACCCAUCAAGUCGGAAGUUGACUAUGCUUUAUAAGGUUGAGCCUGGUUCCUGCGACCAAAGUUUUGGUAUCCAUGUUGCGGAAUUUGCUAAUUUUCCAGAAGCUGUCAUUGCUCUUGCGAAAAGCAAAGCUGAAGAGUUAGAAGACUUUACCAGUGCACCUAACUUGAGUGGUGAACCCAGUGACGAGGUUGGAUCGAAACGCAAGAGGGUGUUUAGCCCAGAUGAUGUGACGAGGGGAGCUGCUCGGGCUCGCCUUUUGUUAGAGGAUUUUGCUGCAUUGCCUCUAGAUGAGGUGGAUGGGAGCAAGGCUACGGAGAUGGUAGCUAAACUGAAAUCAGACUUCGAGAAAGACGCAGCCAGUAAUCCCUGGCUACACCAGUUCCUCUGAAUGGAAUGGAAAGGAAUGGAUCGCUGAUCCUUCUGUUACUGCGCGUCAGCUUGGGACGAUCCUUUCCUUUUCUUAGUGCAAGUAAACAGAAACGAUUGUCUACUAAAUUCUCUACUAAAUCCUUUUGUUAGUGCAAGUAAACAGAAACGAUUGUCUACUAAA